UGCUUUUGUGAGAGUCACUGGUGUGUGUAGAUGGCAGGGCACAAGGAGGUCCCUUGUAACCAGGGCACGGGGACAGCCACGGCACUGCAGAGACUGGAAGGGUUUGCUAAUCGCCUCUUCCAUAGGCACUCCAAGAAUGGUGCGCAUGAGCAGAAGGCGGCUCUGGAAAAUGAGAGCCAACAGUGCUCUGAGUUCACUGUCCAGUGGGACGAAUCAAUGAAAGAGUUCCUAGCCAAAGCCAAAGAAGACUUUUUAAGAAAAUGGGAAAGCCCCCCUCAGAAUACUGCUGGCCUAGAUGAUUUUGAGCGGCAAAAAACCCUUGGAACAGGAUCAUUUGGGAGAGUAAUGAUGGUGAAACAUAAAUCCACAGAACAGUAUUAUGCUAUGAAGAUACUGGACAAACAGAAGGUGGUCAAACUGAAGCAGAUAGAACACACACUGAAUGAAAAGAGGAUAUUACAAGCGGUGAACUUCCCUUUCCUUGUUAAACUGGAGUAUUCUUUUAAGGACAAUUCUAAUUUAUACAUGGUAAUGGAGUAUGUCCCUGGUGGAGAAAUGUUUUCACAUCUAAGAAGAAUCGGAAGGUUCAGUGAACCACAUGCACGGUUUUAUGCAGCUCAGAUAGUGCUAACAUUUGAGUACCUCCAUUCAUUAGACCUCAUCUACAGAGAUCUAAAGCCUGAAAAUCUUUUAAUUGAUCAGCAAGGAUACAUCCAGGUCACGGACUUUGGCUUUGCAAAAAGAGUAAAAGGCAGAACUUGGACGUUAUGUGGGACUCCAGAAUACCUGGCACCUGAAAUAAUUCUCAGCAAGGGUUACAACAAGGCAGUGGAUUGGUGGGCAUUAGGAGUGUUAAUCUAUGAAAUGGCAGCUGGAUAUCCCCCAUUCUUUGCAGAUCAGCCCAUUCAAAUUUACGAGAAGAUUGUGUCUGGCAAGGUGAGGUUCCCAUCACACUUCAGUUCAGACCUAAAGGAUCUUCUAAGAAAUUUACUCCAGGUAGAUUUGACCAAACGAUAUGGAAAUCUCAAGAAUGGUGUAAAUGACAUAAAGAAUCACAAGUGGUUUGCAACUACAGAUUGGAUUGCCAUUUAUCAGAGAAAGGUAGAAGCUCCAUUCAUACCAAAGUGCAGAGGUCCUGGAGAUACCAGCAACUUUGAUGACUAUGAAGAAGAAGAUAUUCGUGCUUCUCUAACAGAAAAAUGUGCAAAAGAAUUUGCUGAUUUUUAGUAGGAGUAAGAGGACAAGAUGACAUCAGGGCUCACAUUGGGAUCUUUGCACUCUGUUAACAGAUGAGGUGGAGCUGAGACCAUCAUAUGUCAAAACAGUUACCUAGUUACUUCAUUCCACAAAGCUGACUGAGGUCUUUAUUGCCAUCUUCCAUGUGUGCAGUUUGCACCAACCCUUCUAACUAGGCACAAUUAAGCAAGCACUGUUUGUGCAGUAACACAGAAUAAUAGACCACUUUCCUACUUAACUUUGGUUUCUGUCGUUCUUUGUUUCUGUGUAUUGUUCAUUUUCCCCCUUUGAAAUGAAGUAGUUUUUUACCCAAGAAUGCUCCAUUUUAUUUUGAAUAAUGUAUUAUUUGUGUGAGUGAAAUGGAAGGUGUUGCGGCUAGUGUGAUUUAGACUGAAGUGAAAGAUAAAUGUUGCUUCUAGUCUGUGCCAGCCAAUAAUUCAUGUCUGUCUUGUGUCUGAUGCUACAAUUUAUAAUAAUUUUUUAGUAGCUCAGACUAAACCUAGCCAACAUUUUUAGCAUUUUUUGAAGGUAGUAUUUAUCGCCAUAUAAAUGUCUGCUAAAUUAACUUAAAAACAUUUCUUCCUGGAGGCUGACCAAAAUUCAGUAGAAUCAAUUGGAUGGCUUAAGUAGGGGACAGUAGCUAGACCCCGUGCCUUGGUUUUCUACAUCCCUGCAGUUUUCAUCACUGCCUCCUCCCUUUGUAUUUCCCACCUAGGCAGUAGGCAAGUUGCCAUAACCAGACUGUACCAUGGAAAGCUUACAGUCUCAUGAGAGGGAGUAAUUCCAUCUGGUCUGGAUUUUGGACCAUAUUAAACCAAGUCAACUUACCAUUUCAGUUGGCAGGUGUGAAAUGGCUUGUUUGAGAUCAAGAACCCUAAACUCUUAAAGGAAGUUUUGGUCAGUACUGUAGAGAAUUCAUUUCGAUUCACUUUUUCUUCUUUUUUUUUUCUUAAUUUUUUUCAAGUAGCCAAUGUUUCGGCUCCCAAAGUAUUCCUUGCUUCAAGCCUUUUUGAUUAAAAAAGGCAUCCAUUAGAAUAAAAACCAUCAUGCCACAGAAAGCAAAUUGCGCUCUGCCAUUAGCUAUGAAAAACAAAUGGUUUAGCAAAUGCAAAAUAAUGUUCUAGAUGCAUCGCUGGAUGAACACGGUUAUUUUUUGUUAGCUGUUAAGAAUAAGAGGUUAUUGCCAAGUUUUUAUUCUGGUAUACUAUAUUAGUAAACUGAGGAUGGAGUACUGCUACAAUCAUUUUCUUUUUAAUUACAGCACUUCAUUCAUGAAGAAGAGAGAUCAAGUUUAAAAACUGCAACAGCUGAGUUUAUUUUAGUUGCAUUGUGUCUUCAUUUCUAACCUACUUUCUUUCAAUCAAUCGGAAUGUAUGGUCACACAGAUACAAGUAUUUGGGUUUAAUUAUGUUUUGUAUACUCUCACCAACUGACUUAAAAGGUAUUGCUACCAUGUGCUAGCUUUGGGCACUUUUACACAUUUAUUUCAAUGUUAAUAAUCAGCGGCUCGGCACUUUUUUCGGGGUUGCUUUUAAACUUAUUCAUAGUAGUUUUAUUUGUACACUUGGUUCUGGCUGUCUCAGUGACCUGUCUUAAACAUCUAAAAGUUUAAACUAGACUCCUGUUUUAUGAUAAAUUUACAUGCAUACAAGGAUGAAUUGUUUUUUAAGAAAAUGAGCUAUAUUGAUACAUAGCCAUUGGAUUUGUUUGAAUGCUAGUGCAAAUAAGCAGCUGGCGUUCCUUCCUUUUAAUCCAUACAAUGCUCCUAAAAGAAAAGGGCCUUUGUAGACAUUUUAUGAAAGAGUAUGAAACAUACCACCCAAUGUUCUGUCUGUUUAGGUUGUUGAGCAUUUUUGCACAACGUCAUUAGGAGGCUGACACUGAAUGCAGUCUUUGUCCACCCAUAUUUACAUACAUGCAAGAAAAGUAUAAGAUACUUUGCUGUAGCAAAUUUUAUGUAACAAAGAUAUAUCGUCACAUUAAUAAAUUUAAAGAAAUCCUUUGUAUGAAAAUGUUAAAAUCUUUUGUAUUUCAUUUAGACCAAGGACAUGCUGCUGUAUGCUAGCUGUAUGCGAUAAAUUCUACAGUAACUUUGUUGUCGUUUAUGAACUUUAAAAGAUUUUAAUAAAUGUUGGAGAUCACAA